UUUCGAAAGUCAACAGUAUUAAAAUCCAGGGAAAAACAAUACCAGACAGUUACGACGCCGUUGCUUUUGAACAAAAUGGAACUACCAUGCGACGGAGAGGGCAUUUGCAUGGCCUGCAAAAACAAGCCACCAAAUGAAGAAACCCUCAAUUGCAAAACAUGUGCCACCCCCUGGCACGCCUCGUGUCUCGUCUCUCCACCUCAGGAGUUAGCAGAUACUCUCCAAUGGGAGUGCCCUGACUGCUCCAUGAUAAAUCCGCCUUCCACUUCCGCUGUCGCCGCCGGACGAUCGGAGGAGGCCGGAGAACUCAUCGCCUCGAUUCGGAAGAUCGAGGACGAUAAGUCCUUGACCGAACAAGAGAAGGCAAAGAAACGGCAGAAGCUUUUGAGUGGCGCCGCCGCAGGUCCGUCGCCAUCGGACGGAGAUGAAAAGAAAGAGAAGAACGAUGUGCUUGAUAUACUUGACAAGGAGUUAACUUGCUCUUUCUGUAUGCAAAUGCUGGAUAGACCUGUUACGACACCAUGUGGUCAUAACUUUUGCCUGAAGUGCUUCCAGAGAUGGAUUGGACAAGGCAAACGUACUUGUGCAUAUUGCCGUGUACAAAUCCCACCCAAGAUGGCAAGCCAACCUCGCAUCAAUUCCACACUUGUUAUUGCCAUACGUAUGGCAAGGAUGUCAAGAUCCAGCAAUGCUGGGGGGGCUCCAAAGGUAUAUCAUUUUGUCCACAACCAAAACAGGCCGGACAAAGCAUACACAACGGAGCGUGCUAAGAGAGCUGGCAAGGCUAAUGCUUGUAGCGGGAAGAUCUUUGUCACAGUUCCUCCUGAUCACUUUGGUCCAAUUCCUGCUGAGAACGACCCAGAAAGAAAUAUGGGUGUUUUGGUGGGAGAGAUAUGGGAGGAUAGGCUGGCAUGUAGGCAAUGGGGUGCCCAUCUCCCCCAUGUUGCAGGAAUUGCUGGUCAGUCUACUCAUGGUUCACAAUCAGUGGCUCUCUCUGGAGGUUAUUUAGACGACGAGGAUCAUGGUGAAUGGUUCCUUUACACUGGGAGUGGAGGAAGGGACCUGAGCGGCAAUAAACGUACAAACAAGGAUCAAUCUUUUGAUCAGAAGUUUGACAAGAUGAAUGAGGCCUUACGAGUAAGCUGCCUAAAGGGCUAUCCUGUAAGAGUCGUUAGGUCUCACAAAGAGAAGCGAUCAUCUUAUGCCCCAGAAGCAGGUGUACGAUAUGAUGGGGUUUAUAGAAUCGAAAAGUGUUGGCGUAAGAAUGGAAUACAGGGCUUUAAAGUUUGUAGGUAUCUAUUUGUCAGAUGUGACAAUGAGCCUGCCCCAUGGACCAGUGAUGUUCAAGGGGACCGUCCAAGGGCCCUUCCUGUCAUCAAGGAGCUAAAGAAUGCAAUUGAUAUAACUGAAAGGAAGGGGUCCCCAUCCUGGGACUAUGAUGAGGAAAAAAGUUGCUGGAUGUGGAAAAAGCCUCCGCCAGUCAGUAAAAAAAGAGUUGCUGAUAGUGGAGAUCCAGAAGAUAGCAAAGUGAUGAGGACAAUUAAGCGGCAAAGGCAGAAUGUAUCGGUGAGAGAAAAACUUUUGAAAGAGUUUAGUUGUCAAAUCUGUCGGAAGGUGAUGGUGUAUCCAAUUACUACUCCAUGCGCGCAUAAUUUCUGCAAAGCAUGUCUAGAGGGUGCCUUUGCUGGCCAAAGUUUCACUAGGCAGAGAGGUCAGGGCAGACGGACACUAAGAGUGCAAAAGAAUGUUAUGAAAUGCCCAUCUUGUAUCAUUGACAUAGCUGACUUUCUUCAGAACCCACAGGUGAACCGGGAGUUGAUGGGUGUAAUAGAAUCACUACAACGGCAAGCGGAGGAGGAAAAGAUAGAUGAAAAUUCAGAAGGUUGUAGUGAAGAAAUUGAUAAUGCUAUUGAGCAACCAGACCUGGUUUCUGAUGCAGUCAAUGACCCAAUCGCCGAAGAGCCAAAGGAUGAAUCCCAAAAGUUAUAGAGGCAUAGAAAAGAAACCGAUGGUGAUGACAAUAUGGAACUACCAGACUGUCCAGGGAAGGAGCAAGAAGUAUUAACUACUAUUGAUGGAGCCAGUCAAUAAAGGAUGCUGGAGCCUGGAACUCAGACCAGAAGCAAGAGAGAGAUGAAAGCUGCCGUGGGCGUGUAAUUGUGUCUUCUGUUGUUACAAAUCUUUGUAUCGUUACAGAGCUUUUGUUUAUAUGUAUGGGGUUCAAUGACAAUGACGACCCCCCGAGCUUAUAUUAUUUAGUGAAUGGUGGUGCUCACCCCUUUGUGUCAA